AUGGCCCAGAGAACCCCAUCCUCGCGGCCAGCUACCGCGGGAAUUCUUCCUAUUUCUGUCGCUGCUACUCAUCCAACAGGCGCUGGUGUACCGAGAACCAGUGUGGUCAAAGCUAGUACCCCAAGGCUUAAGCUCCUCAUCCGACGGCUACCGCCAGGCCUGGUUCAGGCAGAAUUCAGCGCAGCUUUGGGAGAGGAGUGGGCUGUCGGGAAUGGAAGAAUAGACUGGUUUAUCUAUAAGCCGGGGAAAGUCGCAACUGACCCUUCGAAGCCAUCCAAACCGUCGCGUGCGUAUCUACGCGUGACGUCGUCUUCUUUUGUCGAAGCCCUGUCAAUUAAAGUUCGCCAAACGACUUUCCAUGAUACUCGAAACACCUUCACCGACCCCGCCCUCCUCGGUCCCCCAACUCUUGAAUUUGCCCCCUAUCCUCGUAUACCUGGAGGAAAGGCCCGUAAGGAUGCUAGAUUGGGUACAAUCGAUCAAGACCCAGAGUUCAUUGCUUUUCUAGAGAGUUUAACCAAUCCACUCCCUAAGGCAAACCCCGACGACAUUUUUGAUAUUGAGAAGGAAGAGAAAACUGUGAUCACGCCGCUUAUCCAAUUCCUCAAGGAGAAGAAAGCUAGCAAAGCAAAAGAAGCCAACAUUCUUCCGAGAUCUACCAAGUCGUCGAGAACAGCUCCCAAGGAUGCCAAAACAGAGAAAAUUCAGGCCAAGAAGGUCCUCAGCAGGGCUGAAAAGGCAACUGCUUCUACAUCACCCGAAAAGCAGGGUAGAGCUGACCGGGCUGUUAAAGAUUCUAUUAAGCUAAGCAGCAAACACCCCCAGGCUGUAAAGUCGAAGGGUGGGAAGCUAGCUGCCACGGGCAAUCAAAGUGAUACACCGUCAGCCCCAACGCCCCAGAAACCUGCAGUAGAGCGGAAGAGAGAACGUGGAAAUUUAAGCGUGGCCACUAAAAUGCUCCGACGGGAUUUGGGACUGACACCCCCUCGUAAAAGAGGCGAUAAAGGAAAUACCACCCAAGAGCAGACAAGAAUUGCUGCGAACUUUAAACAAAAUCCGUUGCCUGGACCUACAGAAGUGAACAAACACGAAAUUUCUACAUCGAAGACAAAGGAUGAGGCAAUUCCUAAGAACGCUCCCCCGAAGCUUCUUAAAAAACCUCCAACAGAACCUGCUGCAGCACGAAAUUCGCCAAAAACGAUUAACCCUCCCCCUUCUCACAAGGUCGCUAUUGCACAGAAUGGAGCAACCCAGGCAUUUUUGAAGCAUGCAAACCCCUCUCAGGGAGUUACUGAAGAAUUACUUGAGAUUGGGUUUUCUAAGUACGGUAAAGUCGCGAAGGUUGAAAUAGAUAAGAAAAAGGGGUUUGGGUACGUUGACUUUUUGGAACCUGAAGGAUUACGAAAAGCCAUCCAAGCAAGUCCUGUACAAAUUGCAGAAAGCCAGGUGGUAGUUUUGGAACGGCGAUCAACUGCAAAUGUAUCGCUAGCCCGAGGGCACCAUAACCGAGCCAAUACCCCUUCGCCAGCAAUGGCUUCCCAUCUUCUCUCCCGCGGAGGUGGAAAUAGUGGUGGACAAAUGGCAUCUCGACCUGCACCUCAGGGCCCUCGAGGAGGAGGGCGGGGCGGGCGACAUCGUGGCAACCAUGCCAGAGGGGCAAGGAAUAGUUCAACCGGAACGGAGAAGACGCAUCCACCAGGCAUCAGCGCAAAGCAGGGGCACUCCCAGCCUUUGGGGUAA